AUGGCCUUCCGACGCGGCAUCCUCGACGAAGACGACCCCAUGGCCGAACCCGACUUUGCCGCCGAACUCGGCGGAGACGUGAUCAUGGGUGGCGAUCCAGCAUCCAGAAACCGCAACGACACGCCGUUCCAGCAGAUGCUGCGGCACUGGCAGAACGAAAGGCAUUCGCCGGAUGUGUUGCCGGGGCAGGAGCCGGUGCUGAAUACGCUUUUGGAUCAUAUAAGGCGACAGAGUAAUACUAUCCAACUGCUACGGAGCGAUCCGGACUCGUCGGAGGACGAGCAUUUUCGGAUUAUGCUGGCGCAGACGGAGAUUGAACGCGUCAAGUUCAUCGUGAGGAGCUAUAUCCGGACUCGGUUCUACAAGAUCGAGAAGUACGCGCAGUAUAUCGUGGGGAACGAGGAGGUGCAUGAACGGUUGUCUCAGACUGAACUUGAUCAUGCGAAACGAUGUGCGAAAGCUAUGGAGAAUCAUCUACAGACGUCUGUACUGCGGUCACUACCAGAAGACCAGCGCGCUCUGGACGACGAGGCAGCCUUCGUUCCUUCCAUGAUCACGGCGCCGGAUAAGCAGAAAGCCGUCUUCGUCCUCGCACUCGAAGAUUGUCCUCCUGUCCGCCUACCAGAUGGGAACUCGCUGACGAUGCUGAAGGGCCACAUCGUAUUAACGCCCUACAUCGUGAUCGAGCAGUUACUAGCACUCGGUAGCGUAGAGCUUAUAUAG